UUCCGAGUCAACUUGUUUAGGCAAGCAACGAGGAGGUUAUUUCGCAGUGCAGUCCCAGGAAGUUUUAUCUCUGCAUACGUGACAACAGCCAUGGAGAGGACGACACGUUAGCCUUGGGGAGUAGAAAUGCCGAAAAAGGAGGAUUUGUCGAAGCCCUCCGGCCCUGACCCAGGGGGUGAGGGGGAUACAGAACUCAGGAACAGAAAACAAGGUCGACAGAAACAGAAAAAGGACAAUAAAACAACUACAGCGGAAAAUGGCCAGGAAGUUGCAAGUGCUGAACAAACACAGGCCCCGGCACAGCAGCAACAGCAACCCAUGCCACAACAAAUGCCCUACCCGCAACCUGACGUUAUUUAUAUUCCAGCCAAUAGGGUAAUAUUUGCCAUACCCAAAUGGAUUUGUUACCCAGUUCUGGUGAUUAUGGCCAUUGGCUUUGUUAUCCUGGGUGGGUUCAUUGGAGACAGGGUAUGGAAGUACUACUAUGGCAUCAUCCCAUGGGAUUCUGAGUCCGGAUUGAAGAAUGUCAUCGGGGAUGCAGGGGUGGACUUUUUCCGCCAGUAUGACCGAGACAUGGACGGAAAGCUGUCCCUGGAGGAGUAUGAAGCAAUGUACUACAGGCUGAUAGGAGACGGGGUUAAUAUAACAGCAAAUGUUCAGUAUACCCAACUUAUUGAUGAAGACGACGAAGUUCUAACUGCUAGAGCUAGCUUCAAACCUCUCCUCCUAGAGACCAUGACAAAAGACUUCAACGAAUCGUUCCUGUCCGACUCUAUGGACUCCUUGAUUGGUCUGAAAAAAUGGACGUCUCUCACUCAAGAGUGGAACAACUAUGGGGCCAAACAUUUUAAACAGGCCUUCUUCCCAGAAGACAAACAGCUCCUUGAGAAAGUAGGCGAAGUAUAUGACAUCUACAAGAUGGACGAGGGAAUUUUUGCUAUGUUUGACGUGCAAAUGAAAUCCAGCAACCGCUAUAAUCCUCCUAAGGUGGAGGAUAGAGUGGUCCUCAUCCAUCGAUUGUUGACCAUGUUUCAUCCUCGCCCCUUCCUCAGGACCAGGUUUGCUCCUCAAGGGGCCAAGGCCACUAUAAGAGCAUUCAAUGACAAAUAUGUUGACAUAGUCUUCAGGAUUCAUGCAGAAUUUCAACUGAAUGAUCCGCCAUAUUACCCAUUUUGGUUCACACCAGCUCAAUUCAAGGGCAAUCUGAUAAUCUCACGAGAUGGCUCCCAUAUUGAGUACUUCCAUAUGUAUGUUCCCACCGACAAACGUCUCAAUAUUGAUAUGGAAUGGCUGAAUGGUCCAGAGACUGAUGAAAAUAUGGAGGUCGACAUUGGGUUUAUCCCUCAGAUGGAGAUCCAAAUCACCAGUCCAUCCAAAAAAGUCCCCAAAGACCUCCAAGAGAAAGAGCUUCCAGAGGAUAAGAACAUGGCAAAGAAUGUCCAGAACAUGAAGUGGAAGAAGGAGAUAUCCAUGUAUGAUGCGGAGAGGACUCUAGAAAUAGCCUUCUAUCCAUUUAAAAAGAUAGUGUAUUACAACUUCACGGACGCAUUUGAAGUCGCCAAGAAAGAGAACCGCCUGGUGCACCACAUCUUACUUUGGGGUGCGCUGGACGAUCAGAGUUGCUGAGGUUCAGGGCGUACUCUGAGGGAAACAGCCCUCGAGAGUACGCCCGUACUGGCUCUCCUCAACGAGAGCUUUGUCAGCAGCUGGUCACUCGUGGCUGAUUUGAAGGAACUUGAAAAAGAUUCUCAUCAGCCCGAGUACAGCAAGGUGGCGAGCCACUUCCUGGAGAACUAUAAGUUCCCGGUGAUGAUGAUGGUGGCUCUACCUAAUGGCACCAUCCUCCACAAGGUCAACGCCAACGAGUUCAUGGAUGAAGGAGCAGAUGGCGACGAUGAGCCCUCCCUCUUCAGCUCCCUGGCGGGGACCUUUGGGGAGUUCAUGGAAAAAGUCAAUCCUAAGCCCAAGAGAAUAACUGCCUCUAGUAGAUUAGCAGGCCCACAAGGGGACAUGAUGUGCCCCAGGUUAAAACAAGAUCUGGAGAAAUUUAAGGCGGAUGGGUUCGAUGGCCCUCAAGAGUACCAUUACAUGAAAUUUCUGCAGCAUGCCAUUCAGAAAUCAGCUCCUUUCAUGCCCGAUGCUUUUUUUAGAAAUGUGUAAAAGAUAGAACAAUUUACUGAUCAAUCUUGUGCGAUUUUUGUUGUUGUAGAUUUGAAGACCCUCAUACCUAUCAUUACCAUGCGUUUCUGAAGGAAGGAAUUAAACGCUCCGCGGAUUAUCUGCAGACAUCCUCUGGAUAAUGGAUGAAUUACAUCUCAUUAUUUGUAUUUUAAUGGGACCAUUAAUUCUUUUCUUUUUUUGAAUGCAAAUGUAUUUUUAUUUUGUUGCAAUAUUCUAUUGAUUAUAUUUACAAUCAAUACAUGUGUAAUGCAUUAUAAUGCAUUUUCUGUUUAUUAUUGGUGUCUAUGCAAUGAUCUGGCAUCAACUUAUUUUUCUUUCAUAUAAAAAUAUAAAUAUGAAAUGGGAUAAUAUAUAAUUACUAUGUAUGGUUCUGAUAUGGACAGGGUUUUCUAUUCAUAUGACAUCACAUUAUUACAUGACAUUGAUCUGUAUAAUUCCUUAUGAUAUACAUCAUGGCCAAAAAAUGAAAUCCAUAGUUUAUGACAUGCCAAUGAAUACAGUAUAUUUCUUUGUUUUGACAAUAUCUUUAUUGUGUAUAUGUUGCGUUUUCUGCUUCCUUUUUUUAUAAAUAGUUAUUUAUUCCAUAAACAUAAUUUUAAGAUUAGAGACUCUUUAUACACCUGUUUUGCAGCUUUCUUUUCUAACUUGUGAUUUCCUAGGCAUAUUUUCUUUUGAAGUUUUAUUUUUUUUAAGGGUACUUGUAUAAUUUGGGUAUUAUUUUUGUGGCCUUUAAAAGUUUCAUAUAGGAUUGUAUCUCAUAUUUUAAUUUUAAAAAAAAUAUUCUGGGAAUCCCAAUUAGAUGUAUUGUUUAUUUAUCAUUUUUAUUAAUGUCUUGAUUUUGUCAUGAAAAUCAAUUACCAGUAAUUAAUACAUGUAUAAUUUAAGUUUAUCAAUACCACAGGUAUAUGCAUUGUACAUGAUAUCAUUAUUGAAUGAAGAGAGAACAUGUGGAAAGAUUGUUCAGGGGUGUCUGUUUUGUUCUGGGAUGAAUUAAGCUGGCUUUGUCCAUAAUGAUGACUCUGUCUAAAAGUACUCUGUACUUGGCAUAGUUGGAGGAGUGACAAAGGGCAGACAAUUCAUCUUUGAACAGAAUAGCCUCUUCUGGUCUUUGAUAAAAAAGAUAUAAUUUUUUUAUGAGUACUAGGUAUAUAUCAUUGUGUGAUUUGCAGGCAUAAUCAAGUUUGACAUAUGACUGAUUACAUUUAUUAUACAUUUUCUUUUGCUUGGUUUUUAUUAUACUAAAUAAAAAUAUUGAUAAAAAACAA